AUGGCUUCGUUUGUGAUCUUCCUCUUAGGAACAGUUAACUGUAGUAUAAUUGACCAAUGGAUUAUCACUAAAAUCUUUGAUUGGAUUGGAUUUUUCAGUAGACUCUUUAUUGGGAAAGAACCUGAAAGAAUACGUGGUCCCAAGGGUCCUGAGGUUGAUUUAUCUGACUUUCUCGGCUUGUUUUUUGGUGGGAACGAGAGAAAAAAUAGUGGUAGAAGGAGAAGAGGCAGUAGCGUUGGCGGUGGUAAUGGAGGCCUUCUUAGGCUAUUGUUUGCUCCUUAA